CCCAACAAAACCCUGCGCACCGCGCGCGGUGCGGCGAGACCGUGCGCAGCGACCUCCGCACUGGUGGUCGCGCCGGUCCCCACCACGAUGUUAACCAAAGUUCUCCUGAUCCUCCUGGGCAUGUCCAUAAUCCUCCCGUCUAGGAGCGAAGAACCUCAUGUUGAAUCAGAAAAUGGACCCUCUGCCCAUGAUGAUGUCUAUGGACCCCAGCCCCAGGCUCUUGAAAAGAAGCUCCUCUCUGAAGAAACAAAGCCCACCCUUAUUGGUCCCCAUCCCAGACUUGGGAAACUGCCAGCAGCCACUCACAUCCUGAACAGUAUCCUGAGUAACUAUGACCACAAACUGCGCCCUGGCAUAGGUGAAAAGCCCACUGUGGUCACUGUUGAGCUCUCUGUCAACACCCUUGGUCCUAUCUCUAUCCUGGACAUGGAAUACACCAUUGACAUCACCUUCUGCCAGACCUGGUAUGAUGAACGCCUCCGUUACAAUGGCAGCUUUGAGAGUUUUGUUCUGAAUGGCAACAUGGUGAGCGAGCUAUGGAUCCCAGACACGUUUUUUAGGAAUUCCAAGAGGACUCAAGAGCAUGUGAUCACCAUGCCCAACCAGAUGGUUCGCAUCCACAAGGAUGGCAAGGUGUUGUACACGAUUAGGAUGACCAUUGAUGCUGGAUGUUUACUCCACAUGCUCAAAUUUCCAAUGGAUUCUCACUCUUGCCCUCUGUCUUUCUCUAGCUUUUCCUAUCCUGAGAGUGAGAUGAUCUACCAAUGGGAAGAUUUCAAGCUUGAAAUCAAUGAGAAGAAUUCCUGGAAGCUCUUUCAAUUUGAUUUUACAGGAGUGACCAACUCUACUGAAACUAUCUCAACCCCAGCUGGUGAUUUCAUGGUAGUGACACUUUUUUUCAAUGUGAGCAGGCGGUUUGGCUUUGUAGCCUUUCAAAACUACGUCCCUUCUUCUGUGACCACAAUGCUCUCCUGGGUUUCCUUUUGGAUCAGGAAAGACUCUGCCCCAGCCAGAACCUCUUUAGGAAUAACCUCUGUACUCACCAUGACCACAUUGGGCACCUUUUCCCGUAAGAAUUUCCCACGUGUCUCCUAUAUCACAGCCUUGGAUUUCUAUAUUGCCAUCUGCUUCGUCUUUUGCUUCUGUGCUCUGAUGGAGUUUGCUGUGCUCAACUUUCUGACCUACAACCGGACGAAACCCUGUGCUUCUCCAAAACUUCGCCAUCCCUAUAUUCGUACCCGUGCCCUUACCCCUCCCCGUGCCCGUUCCCACCAGCAUCCAGAAGCUUUUGUGUGCCAGAUUGAGGACUCUGAGGAGAGUGAUGGAGAGGAGGGCCCGUCUUGCCCUGCCCAGCAGUCUCUUGGCCGGGGUACCAUCCAGAGCCUUGGUGGUUGCUACAAGUGGUGCAAGAAGUACUUCUGCAUGGUCCCCAGUUGUGAGGGCAGUAUCUGGCAGCAGGGCCGCCUCUUCAUCCACAUCUACCGCCUGGAUAGCUACUCACGAGUUAUUUUCCCAGUGACCUUCUUCUUCUUCAAUGUGCUCUACUGGCUUGUUUGCCUUAACCUGUAGGUGCCACCUAGUACUCUGUGGGCAGCCUCCCCAGUUCCCUGGAGGUCCCACAGCCCUUGUCAAGGGAGUCCGAGGAAAGCAGCAGCAGCAGCAGCAACAAGAGAGUGUCUUUCCUUCCCCAUGCCCCAAAUAUAAACCUGCAGAGAAUUGCUCUUUGCUGGCCCUCUCCCUUACCUGGCCCUGGCCCAUUCACUGACUUUCCAUGCCAGUCCAUUUCAAGUAAAAUGGCCCACCUCUCUAUUCCUCAAGGGGCAUUAAUGAUGCUCAGGCUUAAAUAUCACAAGCUGUCAGUGACUAGCUCUCUAAGACAGUGCCCAUGUGUGAGUAGGUUAGCUAUCUCCCAGUGCAGAUACCCACUGCCUUUUUCCAGAAACAAUACUGCCUUUGUGGUGCUCCAGGCCCAGUUCUGGCCUCAGCCUCAAAGUGCAUAGACCAGCUGCUUGCCUGUUCCUGACACCUCCUUAAAAUGCUGGGCAGCAGUGUAAAGGGGAAGGGGACCCUAGUCCUUAGAUCAGGUUAUUCUUCGUUUUGUCUUCCUGCCCUCCGUUCCCCUGCAGAUAGACACUGGUAUUAUAUUUUUAGGAGGAAGGGAGCCAGCAAUUGAGCCUCUUUGGGAUAGUAUUUCCCUCUGCUGCUGUGCCACCUCCUUCUCCCCCAACCCCACCUCCACCCCUCAUCUGCACUACAAAUUCAAUGCCUUGCAUCCAUUGGGUAUCUAUUUUUGUGUGUGAUAAUUGUAAUGACUCCCUGCUUUAUAUGCCACCUUCUUACCCUUCCGUGACCCCUGUGACGUUUUCUGUAACUUCCCCAGUGGCUUUCCUAGCCCCAACCCAGGUGCUAGGCCAUGGUGAGUUCUUGGGGCCAAGAAACUAAGAGAACUUUGCUUUAUAGUGGGCAUUACUGGCACAGAUUGGUGCCCUCUAAAGGCACAACGUAAAAGUUUUGUCAUGUCCUUGGCCCCUGCAACCAUGAGCCAGUCCACUCUUACCUGGGGCAAUCACAAUCACAAUCAAUUAAUUGAAUUCCCUUAAAUUUGUAUAGCACUUUACCUUUUACAAAGCACUUUUGACAAAUUAUUUCUAUUUUGAGCCUCAUCAUAGCCCUGUGAUAUAUUCAGGGCAGGAUUCUUAUCCCCAUUUUGCAGAUGAGAACCCUGAGGCACAGAUUUCUAUGGGACUGUGGAUCUCAACUGGAAACUACUCAGGAGCCCACUGUCACCUUCUAGACCACAUGACAGGGCUAGGCAGCUCUGUUCACCAUGAUUUGCUUUUAUAGCCUCUGCAGGCACCCCAGUGGCAAGGCCCAGAGUGGGAGCCUCUCUUUAGCAUUGGUCUGCUCAAUUCCUGCGCCCCCAAGACUGAACCUCUCCUGGCUCCGGUAACCCAGUGAGGUGAAUUUGGACACGCCCCAGUGCUUGUAUAUGCUGAAUGAAAUCCGUGUCUGUAUUUUACUGGGGGUGGGUAGGGUAGGGAGAUACAUCUGCUUUUUGUCACCAUCACCUGAAAAGGGGAAAUGUAUAAAGAAAUACAUCAUCAAAGCAUGGAAGGUGUGGCUGGUUUCUUAAGCAUCCAAAUUUGUUCUCAGUUCAGGAUUUAAAUCUUAAAUCAAUGACCCAAUUAUGUCUCUUCCCCUCUCCCAUCCAUGACUCCCAGAACUACCAAGCAUGUACCAUGUACCCUCUGUCAGUGGAAAACAAGGGAAGAGAGUGACCAAGUGGGUGGCCCCCUUUUACUGAUUCCCUUACUUGCUCCUAUGUCCCUGCUCCCCAUCAUGUCAUUUUUGCUUUGUCCAUCAUUCUAACCUCACCUAGUCAGAAAGCUAGAAGUUUCCUGGAGAUUAUCAGACUCAGGACACUCCUCCCCCACUGCCACCACAUAAAAAUGGAAAUGCUGAGGCCCAGAGAGGAAUAUCUACUGUUACACAAGCAGAUAGUGGAGUGGAACCAGACCCCAGGAAUCCUAAUUACUUGUUCUUGCUGGGAGUAAGUCUGGAGAGCUUUGUCAAUGCACCUUCCAAAUGAAAACUCUCUCAAGGUAUAUUGGGGAUUAUUGGCCCUGGCAUCCUAUGACACAUCCAACUCUAAGGGAACUCAGAAACAAUAACAAGAACCAAGGAGGAAACAAAAAUGACAUGUGCACAGCAAAUGCUUUUGCUGUAAUGAUGCUGAAAUGAUGCUCAAACACUUUCCCUGUAAGAAAUCCACAUGCUUUUACGGUGAAUUUCCUGAUGCCCUGACCCAUGAGAAAGUACAAGUAACAAUUUAGAACAAGGAAAAUAGUUCCUCAUUUUCACUUGCUUAGAAGAUUCAGAAAAAGAAAAAAGUAGUCAGGUUAUGUUUUUGAAAUAGAAAUAGUGCAAAACAGAUUCCUUAAUCACACUACAAUAGAACUAAGAAAUAAUAAAAUUCCUACCAUUUUUAAAUUUUUAAAAGCUCAUACAAAUAAUUCUUCAAAAAAUAAUUUGAAAUUGGGUGCAUAAUAUCUAAAAAAUAUAAUUAAUGAAAAAAAUUUUUACAUAGUUAAACACGUGGGAUGUAGCCAACAUUGCACUCAGAAAAAAUUCAUAAUUUAAGUAUUUCCAGUACUAAACACAAUACAUGAAAAAUGAGUUAAGUAUUGAAACUUAGAUGUUGAAAAAAGGAUAAAAACACACCUUAUAAAAGAUUUGGGAAGAUAUGAAUUUUUAAAAUAAAUAGUGUAAGGAGAUUCCUUUAAAAAACAAUAAAUAAGGGCACCUGGGUGGCACAGCUGUUAAGUGUCUGCCUUCGGGGCGUGAUC